AUGUUGUUCUCCAGGACGAGUCUAUUGCUAGCCCUAUCGGCAGCUGUGGCAGCAGUGCCACACAGAAAGGAACACUGGUCCGACCACAAUGCAUGGGGCGUGAACAAAGCCCCUCAGUAUGGACAUCAAAACAUUGCUCCUUCAUGUAACGUCGCAGCCGUCCAAAUGCCAGCAGCACCGAAGCCACUUCCGCCUCCAGCCGCUGGCCUUUCACUCUACCAUGUUGCAGUAGGACGUGGCACACAAAACUACACUUGCGACCUAAGCAACAGCACGGCCGUCCCAGCUGCUAUUGGUGCCGUGGCUUCUCUAUGGAACGCAACAUGCCUAUCAGCAAACAGCCCCAUGCUCCUUAACAAAGUCCCCAACAUUGCUCUCGAACUCCCCACACCAGACGUAACCAUUGAGAGCACAGCAGCCUACAAGGAUCUCUCAGGCCACCACUACUUCUCCGACCUGACAACCGCAUACUUCGACCUCAACACUGCUGUUGGAAAAUACAGCGCCGGCGGCUUCAAGAAAGUCAACGCCACUGCUGCUCCCACAGACGCCGCCAAAGGACAAAACGGCAAAGGCUACGGCGCUGUGCCCUGGUUGAAGCUACAAUCGAAGAACUCUGAAGGCUGUGUCUUCAAGGAAAUCUACCGGAUCAACACUGCUGGUGGUCAACCGCCUGCCACGUGUACGGGUCAGAAAGCCGCGUUCGAGAUUGAGUACAGCGCAGAAUACUGGUUCUACGCUUGA